GUUGCCUUGCGGCCCGGAAGGAGGUCGGUUGGGCGAGCAAAGGAGCCAUUGGGCCACCCCAGGGACACCCCGGGGACACGGCAGCGAGAGCCAAGAACCUGCCGCCGCCUUGGAUGAGGACGGGAUCCCCGCUCUACCCGGCUUCUUCGCCCAUGAAGGCACCAUGACUCUGGCCCGGCAGGAGACCCACCAUGAACCGGACAUGGACGGCGCCAUGGAGAGUGCCCCGAACUCCGAGCUGUCGGAUGUGAGCCCGGGCGAGGAUAAGGACGGAGGCCUGAGUGGCCCGGGUGGCCUCUUCUUCCCCGGAGACAACUCCCACAACCCAUCCGACCUCUCCUCACACUCCACGGCCUCCCUGGGCAGUAACGAGGAGCAGUUCGAGGACUACGGGGAAGGAGAAGAUGUGGACUACACUCCUAGCAGCCCCUGCCCUGACGACGAGACCAGAACCAAUGCCUGCUCUGACCUUGGUUCAUCCGUGUCUUCCAGUGCCGGGCAGACCCCCAGGAAGGUGCGACACGUCUACAAUAACGAGCUGCUGGAUGUCUACUGCUCCCAGUGCUGCAAGAAAAUCAAUCUGCUAAAUGAUCUGGAAGCCAGGCUGAAGCACCUAAAGGCCAGCAGCCCCAACCGGAAAAUCUCCAGCACGGCCUUUGGACGCCAGCUCCUCCACCACAGCAACUUGAGCAGCAGCAAUGGCAGCACAGAGGACCUGUUCCGAGACAGCAUCGACUCCUGCGACAACGACCUCACGGAGAAGGUGAGCUUCCUGGAGAAAAAAGUGACGGAGCUGGAGAACGACAGCCUGACCAACGGUGACCUGAAGAGCAAACUGAAACAAGAGAACAUCCAGCUUGUGCACAGGGUGCAUGAGCUUGAAGAAAUCAUGAAAGAUCAGGAGACCAUGGCUGAGCAGACCCUGGAAGAGGAGACCAAGCGGCAUCGUGAUGCCUACGGCAAGCUAGAGAAGGAGAUGGGCACGGAGCUCGAGCUGCUGAAUUCCAGAGUCCUGCAGCUGGAAGAAGAAAACGGAGAACUCAAAACCACAGUCACACGCCUCAAGUCACAAACGGAGAAACUAGAUGAGGAGCGGCAGCGGAUGUCGGACCGUCUGGAAGACACCAGCCUGCGGCUGAAGGACGAGAUGGACCUGUACAAGAAGAUGAUGGACAAGCUACGGCAGAACCGACAAGAGUUCCACAAGGAGCGGGAGGCCACUCAAGAGCUGAUCGAGGACCUGCGGAAGGAGCUGGAGCACCUGCAGCUGUACAAACUGGACUGCGAGCGGCCCGGCCGAGGGCGCAGCGUCUCCUCGGGCCUCAGCGAGUUCAACGCCAAGGCCCGCGAAGUGGAGCUGGAGCACGAGGUCAAGCGGUUGAAGCAGGAAAACCAGAAGCUCCGGGACCAGAACGACGAUCUGAACGGGCAGAUCCUAAGUCUCAGCCUGUACGAAGCGAAGAACCUCUUUGCCACCCAGACGAAAGCCCAGUCGCUGGCCGCCGAAAUUGACACGGCCUCGAGGGAUGAGCUCAUGGAAGCUCUCAGAGAGCAGGAGGAGAUCAACCUCAGACUGAGGCAGUACAUGGACAAAAUCAUUCUCGCCAUCCUGGACCACAACCCGUCGAUUCUGGAAAUCAAAAAUUGAAAGGAAGAUUGCCCCAGCCUGCACGUGCCUGAGAACUCCCGCACACGUCACUGGAUUUAAACAUCACUCGAACACUGUAAAUGGACCUCAAAAAAAAUAUAUAUAUAUAUCUAUAUGUAUGUGUGACGUGUGUGAGUGUGGCUGAGUGAGUGGAUGUUUUAAUUCGGUUGGGGCCACGGCUGAUCGGAAUCCUACAGAUUCAGAUUGGGUAGGUAUUUAUGCACUUUGGGAGGUGGGAGUUGAAGAGUGGCUGCUCUGUAUUAAUGUAAUAAUGAGUGACUGGAAUCCUGCGUUUUCAGUGCUGGGUAAAAAUGACUCUACCUCUGGUUGCAAGGAUUCAAAGACCUGGGGCAAGGGUGACCCGUUCUCUCCACCCUGUGCUACCCACUCCGCAAAGGGGAGAGAACGAUUCUUUAUCUUGAAGACCUUGACGGCUUCACCUCCACACGGGCACAGGUUGGAGGUGGCUGGCCCUCAGGCCAACAGACAUGGGUUUGGGUUUAGCUGGGGUGCCCGGAUGAGCGGGUCUGUCUGCCGGUGUUGAUCCGGUGCCUUUCGGCUCCUCUGAUUCCCACUGGUCAAUUGCAUGCUCGGUGUGUGGUAUCAGGGGCCCACUAGGACCAAAGGAUCCUCAUCUGCUUCUCACCUCCAUUUCUCCGUGGGUGGGGAGGUUCCUCCUGGGUGCACACGUGGCAUUCGUAAGUCUUAGGGAUCCUGGGUUUUCCAACAAAAUCAGAUGAUUGGGGGAGGGAAGAGAAGGAGGAGGUGAAAUAUCUUUGUCUUCUUGUAGCAAAGAUGUCUGGGAUCUCUAGCACGUUGGUCUCAAAGGUGCCUAUCUAGGACACUGUGGCCAGGGUCGGGGGCCAUGGCCACUCUGUGACGGGUCAUCUCCCCCAUAACGGGUAGGGCUGGUUGGGUUGGUGACGAAUUUACAAACCGGUUGAGCACGUAAUCGGGUCCGAGGACUGUAGAUGCCAGCCUUGGGGCACUCGCACUCUGAAGGGAAGGCAAUGCUGGGAUGUCAGUGGGACAUAGUUGGGGAAGUGAAGGAUUCCUGGGAUGCAAUAGGAAGUGAUGCUUGAGACUUUUUUUCACACUUCUGAGGACUUUGUUCUCCACAGAGGGUCUGGUUCGGUGCCGCUGGGAAACUCCCAGGUUGUUGCAAAUUUUUAAUGUUGUUUUUUUUGUGAUGCAUUUUCCUCAAUCAAAUAUAUCUCUCUAUUUUUCUGCA